AAUAAAGUCCAUUUGUUUCCCACCAACAGCCUUCUGAAACUGAUAUUCAGAGGCCUUGUAGAGCUGAGAAGAAUGCUGAAGCCGAGCGUAGACGAGCCACUGCUCGUUGUCACCGGACCUGAGAAGGGCAAUGAGAGUGCCACGGCAGCGGAGGCGAAGCGCCUGUUGCGGCUAGCGGGGCCGCUGGUGACGAGCAACGUCCUCCAGUUCGCGCUACAGUUGGUGUCCGUGAUGUUCGUCGGCCAUCUCGGCGAGCUUCCACUCGCCGGCGCAUCGCUUGCCACCUCCCUCGCAAACGUCACUGGCUUCAGCUUGUUCGUUGGCAUGGCGAGCGCGCUGGACACGCUGUGCGGGCAGGCGUUCGGCGCGCGGCAGUACCACCUCCUCGGCAUCUACAAGCAGCGGGCAAUGCUGGUUUUCACGCUGGCCUGCGUCCCCGUCGUCGCCAUCUGGGCCAACACCACCCGGAUCCUCCUCUUCCUCGGCCAGGACCCGUCCAUCGCCGCCGAGGCCGGCACCUAUGCGCGGUGGCUCAUCCCGUCCCUCGUCCCAUACGUACCUCUAGUGUGCCACAUCCGGUUCUUGCAAACGCAGAGCAUCGUCGUGCCGGUGAUGGCCAGCUCCGCCGUCACGGUAUUGACCCACGUCCUCGUGUGCUGGGCGCUGGUGCACAAGGCUGGCAUGGGGAGCAAAGGCGCGGCGCUGAGCGGCGCCAUCUCCUACUCCGCCAAUCUGGCCAUGCUGACCCUGUACACGAGGCUGUCGGGAGCUUGCAAGAGGACGUGGACUGGGUUCUCCAUGGAGGCAUUCAAGGAGCUGCGCCAGUUCGGGGCGCUCGCCUUCCCCUCCGCGACGAUGGUUUGCUUGGAGUGGUGGUCGUUUGAGAUACUUGUGCUGCUCUCUGGUCUUCUGCCUAAUCCUAUGCUUGAAACCUCAGUAUUGUCGAUAUGUCUUAAUACCGAUGUUCUCAUGUUCAUGGUGCCAUCUGGUCUCUACGCAGCCAUAAGCACACGCGUUUCCAAUGAACUUGGUGCCGGUAAGCCUCAGGCAGCAAAGCUAGCAACCAGACUAGUCAUAUGCAUGGCCUUGUCUGAAGGAUUAGUGAUCUCUAUUACAAUGAUUCUCCUACGUGAAUUCUGGGGUUAUUUGUACAGCAAUGAGGAGGAAGUUGUCACAUACAUCGGCCGGAUGAUGCCGGUUCUCGUGAUAUCCUUCUUCAUAGAUGGAAUGCAUACUUCUCUUUCAGGGGUGCUAACUGGAUGUGGUAAGCAGAAGAUCGGCGCACGUGUCAAUCUUGCCGCUUACUACUUGGCAGGCAUCCCCUUGGCAGUGUUAUUUGCGUUCUUCCUGCAUCUGAAUGGAAUGGGGCUUUGGCUCGGCAUCUUUUGUGGCAGCCUAACAAAGCUUAUAUUUCUUAUGUGGAUCGUACUUUCAAUAAACUGGGAAAAGGAAGCAAUCAAGGCACAAGACAUGGUGUUAAGAUCUUCUCUUCUAGUUGCAUGA